AUUUCAUGGCUCGUGAUGGCCCAAUGCUUCUUCAUACUAGUCACUACUACUAUUGCACAUGUUCCGCGCAAACCUCAGCCCAAAACUCCGGCCAAAUCACAGCCCAAAGUUCCGGCCAUCAUCGUGUUCGGAGACUCCUCUGUUGAUUCUGGCAACAACAACGCCAUUCCCACGAUCCUCAAAGCGAAUUUCCCGCCUUAUGGUCGUGAUUUUCCGGGUGGUAGGCCCACCGGAAGGUUCUCCAAUGGUCGCAUUCCUCCGGAUUUCAUUUCGGAAGCUUUUGGGCUUAAGCCAAUUGUGCCAGCAUACUUGGAUCCGGAGUAUAAUAUAUCGGAUUUUGCUACUGGUGUUUGCUUUGCCUCUGCUGGCACAGGCUAUGACGUUGCCACCUCCAAUGUGCUAAAAGUGAUUCCUCUGUGGAAGGAAUUGGAAUACUUCAAGGAUUAUAAGAAGAGGCUGAGAGCCUUGUUGGGGGACCAGAAGGCAAACUAUAUAAUAACAGAGGCUCUGUAUGUGAUGAGCAUUGGAACAAAUGACCAUCUUGAGAACUACUAUCUUAAUCCACUUAUGCAAGCCAGAUACUCUAUUGACCAGUACCAAGAUGUACUUGUUGGAACUGCUGAAAAUUUCCUCAGGGAACUCUACAAUCAAGGAGUUCGGAAAUUUUCCCUCGGAGGGAUCCCACCAAUGGGGUGUUUGCCAUUAGAGAGAAGCACAAAUAUAAUCAGAUUAAGAGGUGAUACAUGUGUGGAGAAAUACAACAUGGUGUCUAUGAGUUUCAAUGCCAAAAUCAGCAGUUUGGUGCCAAAGCUAAACAAGGAGCUUCCUGGUUUUAGAUUGGUCUAUGCAAAUGUUUAUGACCUUUUCUGGGAAUACAUCCAUAGCCCUGCUGACUAUGGGUUCGAGAAUACAGGAAGGGCAUGUUGUGCCACUGGGAGGUUUGAGAUGAGUUUGUUAUGCAACCAACUCAAUCCAUUAACAUGCGCAGAUGCAAAUAAGUUUGUGUUCUGGGACUCUUUCCAUCCUAGCGAGAGAACAAACAAACUCAUCUCGGAAACUUUGCUUAAAACUCAAUUGAAACAGUUCUUUUGAUUUCUUGCAAAGCAUGGUGCCUAAUUACAGGACGUACCAAAAGUGUCUUUGUCGAUUUUAUUUGCCUUCUAUUUUCAUAGCAAAUAACUCGGAGAGUUUAACCCUUUACCUUUCGCUUCGAAAGGAAAGGAGAUACCAUUAGGUCAUAAGCAUUGCUGGCUUUGUAGAUUUUCAAUUGUAUUAUUAAUUAGUUAUGUUAUUACCAUCGCUAAUAUAUCAUUAUUAGCUUUGGUUAGGUGUCUAAUUGGUUUCUUCUUAUGAUAAAUAUACAGAGCCUGUU